UGUGGAAACUUGAAAUCGCAAAAUCAAGCGUUUGAAAAUGAGUGUGGAAACUUGAAAUCGCAAAAUCAAGCGUUUGAAAAUGAGUAUGAAAACUUGAAAUCGCAAAAUCAAGUGUUGAAAUUGCAAAAUGGAGAGUAUAAAAAAAGGUGUGAAGAUUUAGGAGACAAAAUUACUGAAUUAAGGGAAGAAGUCACCAAAUAUCAAUCGGAAUUAGGUGAUGCAACAUCAUUUCAUCUAGGAAAUCAAGAUUCUAAUAGCACCAGCCAGCUAUCAGAUGAUAUUCGUAAGUUACAUGAAAAAUUAGUAAGUUUUUGUAAUGUAAAGAGAGAAGUUAAAAUUAAUAAUCGGGAGCUAAAAGAACUCAUGAAAAAAUAUGAUUGUUUACCCACUAAUGAAAUAAGCAAAAACUUGAUUUCUGGAGUGUUAGAACGUGCUGUGAUUGAGACCAUCAUCGAAAAAACAGAAGCAUAUUUCAACUUAACAAAAAAUUCAAAUGCAACAGAUAAACAACAGUUGGACUUAGAAGCAGAGAAUAACGAGAAUCAACAGCCGUAUUUAGAAGCAGAAAUUUUCAAUACAACUGAUAAACUGUUGACGAUGACAGAAUUAUUUACAAAGAUUCGCGUCGGAACUGAUAGAGUUAGCGAAGCUAUUCCAACUAAAUUACGUCAGCAAGUUUAUGCUAUUCUUGGAAAUCGUGGAUUUUCCCAAACUUUUAAAGACGUAAAUGACAGUAAAGAACAUCAAUUUAUUGUGAAAUUACGAGAUUAUAUUUCGAAUUUAAUGAAUCGUUAUCGAGAAUUUAAAAAUCCAGAAAGAUUGAAAAAAAGUACAGAAGAGAUAAAUAAGAUUAUUAGGGAAGUUAUCAAUAUAUUUUUUUUCAGAUUAAACGUACAACAACCUAUCGCAACUUGGGAUUGGCUUCCAAAAGGUACAAUGAUCAAUACAUUAAGAAUGGAAGCAUCUUGGGACGAAAAUGAAACUGAUGAUUUACGAUUCGACAUUUGCGCAUUUCCCCUAAUUGGAUCCAAUAUUAAUCAAUCUAACGAGAAAGUGAUAGUUCCAGCGCAAGUUGUCAUGAACACUCUAGAUGAAUAAUUACUAUAUAAUAACCCUCUUUGUCAUUAUCGUUAUUGAUAAUUGUUAUUACUGUAUUAUUAUCCUUAUUAUUUGUUUUAUCGGAAAAUAUCAAUAAAAUUUUAACAUAGUUCUAUGAGUCUGACAAUUCUUCAAAGUUAUCGCACUAGUACAAAGUUAAUAAAAAUGUAUGACUUUGUUAAUUGU